AUGAAGCUCUUCAUUACUAGUCUGCUCGCCGCGACUGCAACAGCGUCCUUGUUCUCCCAAAUCCCGUUCCAGGAGAAACCAGAAGUGGAAGGCUUCCAGGUCUACCAAAGUCCAUUCUCCGAGCACCAUUCAAUUCGCAUAAAGCAUCAACAGAGCGACACCAUCUGUGACGCGCGCUCCAAGCAACACACCGGCUGGUUAGACAUCGGCUCAAAGCACAUCUUCUUCUGGUACUUCGAAUCACAGGACAAACCCUCCGAAGAUCCGCUCCUGCUAUGGCUAACAGGAGGACCGGGUGGCUCAGGCAUGCUUGGGCUGAUGGGCGAACUGGGACCUUGCACGAUCAAUGAGUUUGGGAACGGUACCGUACACAACGAAUACGGAUGGAGCAAGAAUGCCAACAUCAUCUUUGUUGAUCAGCCCGCUGGUGUGGGUUUCAGCUACGUCGAUGAGGGCAUCCCGCUUCCUGCGACAAGCUUCACGGCUGCUGAGGACAUGCAUCACUUCUUGCAGCUGUUCACGAGCGAGGUCUUCCCGGAUCUUUUGAAUCGCGACUUUCAUAUCACAGGAGAAAGUUAUGCUGGCCACUACGUUCCAACACUCGGCGCAGAAAUUGUCACGAAGAACCUUGAAUAUCCUAAGCGUCCGCAAGUCAAUCUCAAGUCGACCUUCACGGGCAACGCUUUUGUCUCACCUCGGGACACCAACUUUGGUUUCUGGGAAACGCUGUGCACUACGAACCCCGGUGUGGAGACUCCCGUAUUCAACCAGACCCGUUGCGACAUCAUAGCUACCAACCUCCCUCGCUGUAUGGCACUUAUCGACGUGUGCUACAAGAACCCUGAUCCAGCCAUCUGUCUCGCAGCUGACAACGUAUGCAUGGAAGGCGUUGUGCUCCUUUACGAUGGAGAGUCUGGAGCAGGAGGUCGCAACCGAUUUGAUAUCACGGACGGGUGCGAGACGAAAGACGAGUUCUGCUACCCAGAGAUCCAAAGGAUUCAAGACUACAUGAACGUGCCGAAGGUCUGGGAAGCGCUUGGCGUACCCAAAGCUAUAGCCAACUAUACAGGGUUCUCUUUUGAUAUUGCGUUGGCUUUUGAGCUUACUGGGGAUCUGGUAUUCAGCAUGCAGCCUCAGGUUUUGUAUCUUCUCGAGCAUGGCAUCGACGUGCUCUUCUACCAGGGUAAUUUGGACCUUGCUUGCAACACCGCAGGGAACUUGCAGUGGGCUAGCACCAUGCAGUGGAAAGGCCAACCUGCAUUUGUCGCACAGCCAAAGAGGUCCUGGGAACAUGAGGGCAAGGAGGUGGGGUGGUUUAAAGAAGUCAAGACCGUGACUACAAGCGGUAGAGAUACCACAUUUGCGUUCGCUACGGUGAAUGGAGCAGGCCAUCUGGUACCGAUGGACAAGCCGAAGGAAGCGCUGGCGCUUGUUGAUAGAUGGAUCACAAAGAGGAGCUACGCGUAA